AUUCAUCAUCACUAUCAGCGAGUGUCCCCACCUUGUCAAACCAUGGUUCGCAGGAAGUCUGUGGCACUCAAGGUACACAAGGACGACAACCCCGCCGAAGCCUCCUUGGAUGAUAAGUUAUGCGGGGGCACCAUACCCCAUGCUCCGAGCUCUGCUUUGUUGGAGGAGAAAUCUGACCCUGAUGACAAGCACCCCCCGAGGAAGAAGAUGAGAAGACACGAAAAGACUGGCCCAAUCUCUUCUCGGGUCGGUGCGGAAGAGGGGUACCUGGAGGGUGUUUCCGCUGCUGCUGUAGCUGCAGGUCCAAGGACAAGGGCCAAUGCAGUUAUCCCAUCUGCUACUGCUGUACGCUCAAGGAAAAGUGAUCAAACGGAUGCUACAGUUGCGGCUUCAGGGAGUCCAGGGAGAAAACGUGUGGCCUUAAAGGAAAAAAAUCCCAACCCCAGCUCAAGCGAUAUUCAUUCCAUCGAUCUCCACCGAUCUUAUCCACGCAAGUCAGAACUGAAGCCAAAUGUGAGGAAGGGUAAUUUGGAGGACAAUGUUGUUCUAGCUCCGCAAUCUGGCUCGGCGGUUGAUAAAGGGACAUCCCUGCUGCAGGAAUCCUUCGCCGUUGGCGGCCCAGUCUAUCGGGCUUUGAAAGAGUUGUUACCACAAAAGGACUUGCGUGAGCUCGUCGAACUCGUUGAGGGGGAUACCGCACAAGGAGUUGCAGAUCUGGUUACUAAGAAAAACUGCUGGUCUCCGGAACUUCUCGAUUCAUUCCGUGGAUCCGGGCUUAGAUUGCUUGAUCUGUCAACUCCGUUAUCGUCUCCUUCCGAAAUUCUUAUUCCGAACAAGCCUCCCACUCUCAUACUUAGGAGCCUCUACCAGCAGGAUCAAUUUUCUGCCCUUACCACACUUUCCCUGAGAAAUACACAACUUUCAAAUAACGACUUGAGUUUGCUCAUGUUGCUCACAUCUCUGGCAGAUCUUGAUAUUUCGAAUACGGGACUAGGGGUACAUUCGCUCCACCACAUUGUCUGUCACCACAAGACAUUGGUUCAAUUGAAUUUGUCUCACAACCAGGGUAUGGAUGACGAUUGCCGCGUACCGCUCGCUGCAUUGCCCAAACUUGCCAGAGUCUAUCUCAGGGGGACAAACAUUUCGAUGCCCGGAUUACGGCGAUUGGUCACAGGGGCGCUUCCAGGUAACUGCCGAUUGCUCUCGCUUCCGAACCACUGCAUUACCUAUCUCAAUAACCGCGAAUCACAUUAUUCCAUGGACAUACCAGAUUCGUAUGCUCACGACCCGAAGAAAUUGGAGAAUAUGAACCUGCCAGAAUUAAAGAGGAACCUCCAGCUACAUUCAAGAGCUAAUAGCGAGAUACUCCUGACCGGCUCGAAAAGCGAACUUUUCAACCGGCUAAAUAACAUCCUGCAGAGCAGGUUAGCCGACGCGAGAAUCGUGAAGAUGUUGGGGAGGGAGGAGCGACAGGUUUGA